GUGUUCGGUUACCGGAGCAACGGCGCCCAGGUGACGCGAAACAUCCGGGUAGUGUCGGGGUGUCACGUGCAUGGCGGGGCCCGCGAGCCCGUGCGCUACGAUGGCGACCGUUAGCGAGCUGAAGGCCGUUCUGAAGGAGACCUUGGAAAAGAGAGGUGUGCUAGGCCAACUGAAAGCUAGAAUUCGAGCUGAGGUUUUUAGUGCGCUUGAUGAUCAGAGUGAGCCACGGCCGCCACUUUCCCACGAAAAUCUUCUUAUUAAUGAACUUAUCCGUGAAUAUCUUGAGUUUAAUAAAUACAAGUACACAGCAUCAGUGCUGACAGCAGAAGCUGGUCAACCUGAGAUACCUUUAGACAGGCAAUUUCUAGUGAAUGAGUUAAAUGUAAUUGAAGAUUCAAGCACAAAAACAGUGCCUCUUCUGUAUGGAAUCCUAGCUCACUUUGUAAAUGAGAGCAAAGAGGAUGGAGUUAAAGCUCUGAUUAAAGGUGCAUCUAUGCCUAAUAUAAAGAAAAUGUCUUUAAAGCAACCAAAUGAGAAACGUAGCCUAGAUGACUUGCCUGAGCCUGGAAGAUUAGGUGGAAGAAAUUUUGAAGACCACUUUGUUCUCCGAGGUGGACACUGAUUACAGCGAACCAGUUUUUUACCAAUGUGUUAUGUAACAGCCUUCAGUUUGGUUACCUCUAAGUCACCUUUGGGUUACCUUGACUUUAAAGUCAUUGUAUGUUAAAGUGUCCAACAAAGGAAUUUGCUGCCUGGCGCCCUGUUAAUUUUUUGUUGUUUUGUUUCUUUUCUUAAAUCUGUAAAUGUAGUUUUAUUUAGAAGAUCUGAACUUUGCCUAACUACUGGUAAUGAGACCAGCCUUGGAACAGCAUGAGCAUUUGUACUGAUAGCUUUCCUGCUGGAAGCAGAUGCAUGGAUUCUGGUCGUAUGCCUAUUAUUCUUUUUGUGUCUUGGGCUGUAUUGUUACUUGAGUUACCUGUUUCUUUUUAUAAUCAGUCAGUUUACUUGUUUAUUUUUUUGCAAUAAAAACUGUAAUUUGACCGGUUGUAACAGUAACAGGUGAUACUUACCAAGUUAUCUUCUAAAUUUAAACAUUGAGUAUCUAUGGUCAGCGAUCUUAUUUUUCACAAUGUCCAGUUCUUCAUUUGUCUUCUUAAAUUAAGUUGUUCCAAUCAACCUACUUGAAGCUGGCCAACGUUAGUCUGUCAAAUAGUUCAAUCAGACACAGUCAAAUUGCAUUGGCAACUACACAUUGAAACAUUAUUUGAAAAUGUUUGUUGUUCGAUAUUUUUAUAUUGAUAUUUAUUGUGCAAUGUUUUGUACAUAAUAAAUUUUCUUUUGUCAAUUAUAUUGCCUAUUUUAAUUCACUUUUUCAAACAACAAAUUUUCGGUACCAGUUCUGAGGAAAAGUCAUGUUGGACUCAACAUUAACUGUUUUUCUCUCUCUACAGGUGCUGCCAGAUGUGCUAAGUUUCUCCAGGUUUUCUGUUUUUCUUUUAGACUUCCUGUAUUUGUACUGUUUUGCUUUUAUUAAUCUGAAUUUUGUGCACUGUUGACCAGCUAAGCGGAAUGGCAGACUUGGGUAUUAGCAAUUUUAAAGGCUAUGUUUAACAAUGUUAGAGUUGCCAUGAAAUUGCAGAUUGUUGUGGAGCAUGGCUAUUAAGGAUUAACAAUUAAUACAAUUGUCUCCUAAUGGAUUGCCUUAUAAUUGAUUAUAAUUCACCUUAAGUGUCUGGGACAGACAUUAUCAUUUAUUUUAUUAUGCAGUAUAACUUUAUAUAAAAACUUAUCCAUUUUUAAUUUGAAACACGUAAGGUGGUAUUUAAUGUAUAUUUCAAAACUCUUGCUGAGGUAGCUUAGUGGUAAAAUCUGAGAAGAAUAAUGGAGUAUGUGCAACAUUGGAUAUCUGGUCCCAAAUUAGAGUGUGCACAACUUCACCCAAAUGUUUUGCUGCUUAGUUGUUCUGUUCGACAGACUAUGUUACUCUACCUACCUUCUAGUUGAGACUUCACCUCUUGCAUCAUCCAUGUGGUAAAAGACACUCAAAGCCUUGUACUCUAUUCCAAAAGCAUUUUAUUUAUGUAAGAAGUAACUGUUCAAA